AUGGGGUGCCAGGGCGGGGCGUGGGUCAGGUGGGCGGGAAGUGUGACGCCUGAGAGGGACUGCGGGCGUCGGCGGGAAGUAUAUAACGUAGCGGAGGCUGGCUGGCGGAGCAUUGACCACCUCGCCGCCGCCACAACCUUCAUAUCCAUCUCCUGUCGCGCCAGCACCUACAUACUUCCUCAGAUGCCGUGCCGCGUAGAUGCCUCUUACGUGAGGGUGAUCCUCCUGGCCCUUCUGGCGCUCGCCGCCUGCAUCGCCCCCGCCUCCACCCAGAUCCACUGGAACCGAGGAUGGGGGGCUGGAGGAUCAAUGGGAAAGAGAUCCUCAGCAUCUUCGCCAAUGUCUCCCUCAGCGUCCCUCGGAGUCGAUACUGAAGCCAUGAUGCUGAGCUCAGAAUGCUCCUUUGAUGUAGCUCACGUAUCAAAUCUCCUUGCCAGGAUAAUCGAAAGCGAGGCAUCCAGGCUAGCAGGUUGCGAAGUGCGCGGCCGGUAUCCCGGUCUGUCCCCAGUAAUGGGAGGGGACCAGGACUCCCUCGGACGCCUUCCUUGGUGGUACGCCUCCAGGAAGUCCUCCAAUGAACAGUAACGUCCACAAACCUAUCUACACUUCUUGCUUACCCGCCUCCUGUGCUCCCUCUCUGACCAACAACGAUGAACCGCAGCGGGCGAUCCCUCGGCGCGGCUGCGUCUCUUGUCACAGACCUCUUUGUGUAAGACAUAAGUGGCUGUCAUGUCUCUGCACAACAGGUCACACUUUUAUGACCGCAUACAUUGCUACCGAGAAGAUUAAUUAUUCUAAUGCGAUAUGAGUCUGGAAUAUUUUCAUUACAUUCAUUAUAAUUAAAAGUUAUUUAAUUGCCCUUCCCUUGCCCUGAGCGUAACCUGUUUAACUUGCUGUAUGCGAGAAGUUACGGUUAUUGGCAAUAUGUAUAUUACAGAGAUGUUUGAAUAAAAACAGUAUUAUAAAGAUUCAGUCAACU